AUUCCCCGGUAAUAUGGAGGGCGCGCACACCCAGAUCAACUCCUCUGAAGGAGACCUGUCGCGGAGGAAAUACCACACCAGAACCAUUCACAGAUCAGAUAAACGGGGCGGAGGAGGAGGAGGAGGGGUGGGGUUCGGCCGCGAGUCCAGCAGAUCAAGGUACCAAGGCAGGAGGAGUCGAGACCGUCAUGGCAAGCGUGGAAGGGGGGUUCCCCCAGAAGAAACCACACCAGCUAGGGAGACUGUGGAGGAGCCUCCAGCUCAGCCCCAGCAGCCACAGUUACCAAGCCAACCCCAGAAGGCUGCAACACCACCUGCAGCUCAAAAUGCCACCAAGCCCACUAGCCAGCCUGUUGUUCAGCCUCCAAAGGAGAAGACACCAGAGCUAGCUCAGCCUGUGAAAACACAGCUGCCACCAGUGCAGAAGCCGGCAUCAGCUCCCUCUUCCAAAGAGGCAACACCCCAGCCAGAGUCCUCCCCCUCCCCCCCAGAGGAGGCGCCUAACGAUCGUGCCUCGAAGGAGAGGGAAGUGAAUAGCAUAGAGCGGGAGGUUAACAAUGUUCACGACGAGGAGGAGAAGGAGGAUGAUGGUCCUCAGCUGAAGUACAACUAUAAGGAUGAUCAGUGGAGCCCUGUAAAUCCUGAUGGUAAACGUCAGUAUGACCGCAGAUUUCUCCUUGAGCUCCAGAAUAACCCACUUUCCCUUAAGAAGCCUGAGUCCCUCCCCAACUUGGAGGUGGUCCGUGAUGGUCCAGGAAGGCUUAAACCUUUUGACCGGGGUGUAGGGGUUUCACACGGCAGCAGUGGCCCAGACUUUACUCCUGAUUACUUCAAGUCUACAGUUCCAAGCAAGAGAGGAGUACCAGGGCGCAAUAGCCAACAGCGUCGAGAGCCAGGUGGAGGACCUGGGAGCAGAAACGACAGAGGAGGAAGUGGCCGCGGACAGAGUAAGGUCAUCAUCAUCCCUCUCUCAACCGGGCGUGAGACUAAGCUGAAAACAACAGAAAAUGCUUGGAAGCCUUCUGUUAAGGAGUCAACUAUUAAUGAUGAGGAAGCUCAGACUAUUGAGGUGGUGAAGAGGAUGAGAGGUAUCUUGAAUAAACUGACCCCAGAGAAGUUUGAGAAACUGGUUGGUACAGUCAAUCAGAUGCCCAUUGACACCACAGAAAGACUUUCAGCUGUGAUUGAUCUUAUUUUUGAAAAGGCUGUGGAUGAGCAGGGUUUCUCUUCAACCUAUGCUCAGAUGUGUCAAGUACUCUCCAAAAUGUCUGUCCGUGGGGAGGGUUCAGACUCCAGCAAUAGUGGCAAGUCUGAGGUUAAAUUUAGGAAUCUUAUAAUUAAUAAGUGCCAGAAAGAAUUUGAAAAAGAUAAUAUGGAAGAAUUUAAGGCCACUAGACGGAAAGAAAUAGAUGAAUGUUCAGAUGCUGAGAAGAAACAAGAAUUGUUAUUGAAAUUAGAUUAUGAUGAGACCAAAUUAAGAAAAAGGUCUGUAGGCAACAUUAGGUUUAUUGGAGAGCUCUAUAAGCUGCGCAUGUUGACAUCACCAAUUAUGAUGCGCAUUAUCGGCACACUCUUGGAAAAGAGAGAUGAAGAGUCCCUUGAGUGCCUAUGUAAAUUGCUUACUACAAUUGGCAAGCUCUUGGAAACACAGUGCAACCAGCAACCAAAGGCAAUGCAAGAAUUGGAAAAACAUUUUGCACAGAUGGAGAAAAUAGUGAACGACCGCUUAACCAAUAGCCGUGUUAGGUUCCUAAUGAUGGAUGUAAUUGACUUGCGGCGAAACAAGUGGAUUCCUAGAAGAGAAGACAACAAGCCCAAAACCAAGGCUCAGGUCCAUGAGGAAGCAAAGAGAGAGGAGAUUGAGCAGCAGAUUGCCCUUGCUUCUACUCCUAACCGAAGAGAUGAGAGGAGAGAUGACAGGGACCGUAAACGGAGCCGUGAUAACCGUGGUCCUCCUAUGUCUGAGGAUGGAUGGAAUACAGUUGCAUCCACCAAGAACAGGGCAUCCUUUGACUCUUCUCGCCUCAAAAAUACCUUCAUUAAUAGGCCGGGAGCAGCUGAGGGCAAGGAAGUAACAUUGAGAGGUACAGGAUUCAGCAAUUGGGCACGUGGCAGCUCAGGGGGUGGCUUGAAGGACCACGAUGAAACAAAGCAAGAAAGUAAUAGGUUUAAUGUGCUGGGAGAUAGUAUGGGUAAUAACACUCUACUUAAUGAUAAUAGAAGAGGAGUCCCUUCAUCAAUGGGGCUAAUGUCCCGUUCCAGUGGAAACAGACUGGCUCCUGGAGGAGGGCCACCAAGGCAAGGGGUCUUUAGCAGUAAGAGUAUGCCACCUCCUUCCAAUGACAAGGAAAGUGCCUUGUCUGCAGUCAAGAAGUUUGUUGGCCCUGACCGAAGCAAAUCUACUAGUCGUCCAGAAUCAAGGGAUAACUCAGUGCCUAGGGAAACUGGUGAAUCUCUAAAGGGUUCUCCAAAUAUGGAUUCAGCAACUGCUGAAAAGUUUGCCAUUGCAAUCAUUGAGGAAUUCACCCACAAUAAUGAUCCUGAUGAGGCCAAGUUGUGUGUCAAAGAGAAGUUCUCCACCAGCACCAUCAAGUACUUUGUGCAGGUAACGCUAGAUUGGGUGCUAGAUCGUGAUUCAACAAAGAGGAGGAUGGUUGGACAGUUUUACCAUGACCUCAUUGUUGAAAAACUCCUCUCAGUUGAUCAGUUCCUAGAAGGUGGCCAAGAAACUCUGUCAAUGACAGAAGAUUUUGCAAUUGAUAUUCCUCAAGUGUGUGAUUACUUUGGUGAAAUAUUUGCUCCUUGCCUGAAUGACAAUGCAGUUUCGCUUCAACGACUCUGGGAUUUAUCAAGAUUUGCUGAAAAUAAGAGUGCUGAUGUCUUUGCCAGUAUAUUAGCCAAGGCUGCUAAGAUUAUUAGUCCCAAUAAGGUAGCCGAUCUCUGGAAUUCAUCAGGACUAUGUUGGUCUAGUAUAGUUCCUCCUGGUGCCAAUGUUGAGGAGUUCCUUGCCAAGCGUCAUGUGGAGUUCACAGUUGACCGUAGCAAGUCCGGAAAUCAAGGUGGAUGGAACCCUCAGAAGGUUGAGGCUGAGAUUAUUAGGUUGUUUAAGAGAGCAACUAAUGAAGAAAUUUUCAGCUGGAUUGAUGCAAAUAUUGGAAAAGAUGUUAAGAGCAGCAAAUUCAUACGUGCCUUGGUGACCGCCUUAGUGGAAAGUCAAGCUAUGACUUCCAAUGAUGGUUCCUCAAUUCGUGUUACUGAAGACUUUGAGGAGAAAAUGAAGAAACGUUUGGCUGUGGUGCUCAAAUAUGUGGACAGCAGUGACAAGUUAGAACUACAGUGUAUUUAUGCUCUACAAGCUAUCAGUGUGAAGCAUCAACAUCCCCCAGGUCUUCUAGAAAAGUGUUUUAAUGCCUUCUAUGACACUGAAGUCGUGUCUGAAGAGGCCUUUGAAGAGUGGGCAAAGUCUCUGGACCCAGAGGAGCAGGAGGGAAAAGGAGUCUGUGUUAACCUUGUUAAGGGCUUCAUGCGAUGGUUAAAAGAAGCUGAAGUAGAAGAAGGAGAAACUCAUACCUAAGCUCCUUUUUAAAUAUGAACCCUAUAAUCUUCCCUCAGUAGCUGCCCACUAUACCAGGUCAAGUUCUUUUGUAACUGAUGGACGCGGAUAUAUAUAAGGAAAUGUGAGCAAAGAUGAAGUGAAGAUGGAGCCAAAGCCAGAUAUAAUUGCGCCACAAUCUAGUGAAGUGUUGAGCCUGGCAGAAGAGGCAGAUGCUGCUAUAUAUACACCCACCCUUUUCCCCUUAAAGUGAUGGGGUGCCACUGGCUGGAGCUCGGACUGUCUCCCUGUUGUCUCGCUCUCGGAAGGAGAGAGAGCCACACAGCAGGCAAGACCUGAGUGAUGGCUGGAGCAUGAGGUGGACUCGGACUUAGUAAUGCUGCCCUAAUGUGUUUUUUAUAUUGUAAAUUAGUGCAUAUGCACACGGACAAAUGGUUAAUAGUGUUCUGUGAAAGUGCGUAUAGUGAAUUAUAAGAAUGUUUUGUAAUAUUUGCUAGGGUGAGCAUCAGUUGCAUAUUAAUUGUUAUUGUGUUAUAAAAUAGUAAAAUGGAAAACUGCAUUCCCUUCACUUCCAAGAUAUGAGUGAUUGUAUAGAGGAUAUAUGCAUUUAGAUACUUGAAGCUCAGUUACUUGUUUACAGCUUGGCUCCUCAUAUGUUUUGUAAAUUAUGGCUCAAAUUCUGUGAUUUAUUUUGUAUAUUUAUAUAAAUAUUUAAAAAGUCAUGUACAGACCCGAGCAUGUGCCUAUGGCUGGAGGAUAUGCUUGCUGGCUGCUGUCAACUCAUGAACUCUCCCAUUAUUCAGGGACAUCGACCCACUGUUGAGUUUGAAUAUGCAAAAUGUGACAUUUGCAACCUGCAGCGAGUCGCUGUGUGUCCCGUUGAGUGCUUGCUACUCUGCUAGUUGUUAUGCCGAGGCAGCCGGGCCCCGGCCUGUGCCCUGGACUGUGUGACCUACAGGCAUGGCAGUGAUCUCCCAUGACCAUGCCUGACACGACCAUCCCCUUCCUAGGCAGACGCUUGAUCCGUGCUGUCCCUUUUUUGCUGCUGCUGUGCUUUGCUACAGAUUACAGUGAUUGCUGCCCUGUUAUGAGUACAUUUUUUGUGGCAUAAAUACUGUGACCUGUUUUGACCAGACGGACUCGUGACCACGUGCUAAUUAGUGAGUUGGGCACAGGACGGAGUUCAACUUCUCGUAUCGUUAAUGCGGUAAUAUAAGCAAAAUGGAAAACUGGGGUUAUAUUUAAGAUGAAGUGCUAUAAAUGAAUAUUGUAAACCAUAUCGCCUCUGAAAAUAAAUUUAAUAUUUACAAA